AUGACGAGCUGGAACAAGCGGUGGCGCCACCACUGCCGCUGCUGCGGCGAGGUUGUGUGCGCUACCUGUUCCCCGACCAAACUCCUCAUUCACGUUUCCGAGCCGGGCUACGAGCGGCCCCGCCGCGCCUGCCAGACCUGCGCGGCACACAUCGCCGCCGGCGAAUACUCCUGCAACGCGCGCUACGCCCUGGCAAUCGCCACUCCAGGCGCCGACACGUACCACAAGCAGGCCGCCGUGCGGCACCUCUCUGCCGCGAUGGAGGACGCGGCGAAAAAAACGGUGCAGUCUGGAGGAGGUGGGAGUGGGGGCGACGGCGGCGGGGGGGGGGUCCGCGGCCCCCUGUCGGCCAUCCAGAGGGUACACGGCGGAACCCCCGCGGUGUUCGAGGCGCUCGUUCCGAUGAUGUCCACGGAGGUCCCCUUGGACGUUUGUACGCACGCCUGCCAGCUGCUGGGGGCCUCUCUUUUCGUGGCGUCCAGGCAAUCGUCGCCGAAAACCUGGGUAGACCUGGUGAAGGUCAUCCCCGAGGGGGGCGUGGACGGCCUCCUGGAGUGCCUGCGCGUGGCUCCGGCGAGGGCGAAGGCGGCGCGAGCCCUGUUCUACGCCGCCAAGGUCCCGCUGGCCGGCGGGACCGGGGGAGAGCUCAUCGAGUCUAGGGGCGGAGUGUCGAUCAUGCUCGAGGUGUUGGAGUCCUUGCCGCUGGCGCCGCCGCCGACCGCCGCGGUCGAGACGAAGGGCCUCCGCGUGUGGCUCUGCGCCACCCUCCAGCCGGUCAUGGCCGACCGGCCUCGCGCCGUCCAGGCGUUCCUGGCCUGCCGGGGGAUCCCCCUUCUCUGCCGUCAGCUCGUGGCGGGCCCUGCCGACAUCGCCGUGCACGUGUGCGGUGUUCUGGCCUCCGCCCUGCGGAGCGGUGGCGGCGGCGGCGGGGCCGGUUCGAGUGCCGCCGUCCCACGCUCAGCCAUCGAGGCUGUCGAUGCGAGCAUCAUCGACCCCCUGCUUGGAAUGCUUGCCGGCGGCACCAGCAAAGACGCCCACGCCUCCGCCCUGGCCAUGGAGCUUCUGGUCGUCCUGGCCUCUCACCCCCCCUUCUCCGGCCGACUCCGCGCGGCCGGCACCAUCCCCGCCGUGGCGGCUUGCCUGGAGGACCACCCCGCGAGGGGCGCGGCGGCGGCGGAGCCCGUAACCAGGGCCUCGUUGAUGCAGCUCGCGCUCAUCGUCCUUACCGGCUUCCUGCGUGGCGACGGGGAUCAACCGGCGGCGGCGGCGGAGGCGAAGGUCGACGAGAUAGCGGCCGAGAUUGCCGCCACUCGGGCACACGUCCGGGUGGUGGCCCUCCUCUCUGCGCCGGACCCCAAGCUGCGCUUCACCACCGCCGAGCUCGCGCUCCAGCUGUCCCGCCGGUGCCGCCCAGGCCCUGCGCCCAACUCCAACCGCGGCGGCGGCGGCGGCAUCGCAAAGGAUAUGAUCGAGGCCGGGGGGCUGGGGGCGCUCUGGAGGGCCUGCUCCGACCCGUCCCCGAUGGCCAGGCCGGUCGCUCUCGAGGCCCUGGCGGCCAUGCUCGGGACGGCGGCGGCGAUGAGCCGGUCCCGCGCGUCCUCGGAGGCCGUCCUUGCGCUGGUGUCUGAGGGCGCGGUCGAGGGCCUCGUGCGGCAGCACGUCGACCCGGCUCUUUCCGUGCUCGGCAGGAGGGGCCGUGGCGUUGCAGGUGGUGGAUCGGCGACCAUUCCCGGAGAUGCCGCCGCCGCCGCUACCGCCGCCUCCGUCGCGACCUCCGCCCUCCUGGCCCUCCACUUCCUCGCCGCCAACCCGGACCCGGCUGUGCACGGGCUUUUCGUCGUGGCCGCCGGGGUCGAUGAGCAGCAGGGUGGGGCCGCUCGCAGUGGCGGCGGCAGCAGCACCUGGAGCACGAUACUGUCCAGCGUUGAGGCCGGGGCGGAGGGCAGGGGGGGUCCCGCCUUCCUGGAAGCGGCGCUGCUGGCGGCCGGGAGCGUGUGCGGCGCGCCUCCCCUCCCGGUGUUGGGCGUUGGCGGUGGCGCUGUUGCACCUUCGGGGUCGGUCGCCGCUGACGAAGUAGAUCGCGUCUUGCCGGCCUACCAGGCGCGCGCCCAGACGGCCAAUUGCCUUUUGGCGGCGGCGUCGGCGACCUCUCGGGGGCUGGCGACGCGGGCGGUAGCGCUGCUUGACGCCGGAGGGUCGAGCGGCGGCGGCGGUUUUAUCUCGACUGACAGCGAGGCGCUGUCUUCGGCGAAGCUGACCCGGGCCGCGAUCCGGGUGGUCUGGUCGUUGUCCCGGGGACCCUCCUCGGCGACGCUGGCGGCCCACGGCACGCUCCCCCGGCUCAUGGGCCGCAUGUCUUGCUUGCGCCUCAAGGGCAGCGGCGGCGGCGGCGGCGCGGACAGGGCAAGAGGCGACACGGCGGCCGGAGUGCUCGUGCUCGAUACCAUCGCGGCGUUUCUGAGUCUGGAGGACAGCAGUAGUGGCCACCGGCGUGGUAGUAGCGAAGACUCGGUGGCGCCAGUGUCACCCGCGACGGCCGCGACCAUCGGCCGCACGGUGGACGAGCUCUGCGAGCUGGUUCUCCACGGCACCACCGCCAACCGGGCGACGGCAUAUAAUGCCGGGGAUGGCGGCUCCUCGGGGGCAGCGGCUGGAUCUCUGGGGCCGAGGUCGUUGGCUCUGCUCGCGAAGGCGGCGGCCAACCCUCGACUCCGACCGAUGCUCGUCGACAGCCCCAAGUUCCCUGCCGUGCUGGACCUGCUGAUGGUUGGGAGGCAUCUGGAUGGCGCUUCCUCGAAUAACGCGAUUCCUCUCGAGGUGGCGUUGGGAGCUCUCAGCGUCGUCGAAGCCGCCGUCUCCGACGAACGCACGGCCUCGCGGCUGGUCAAGCUCGGCGUCGUCUCCAAACUCGCCGCCCUCGGGGGGGCAGCGCGAGGGGGCGGCCCCUCAGCGCCGCCGCAUGCGGUGGUGGCUAGUGUCACGGCCGAGGUUGAAGCUCCGCGGCAGGAGGUCUGCGCCGGCCUGCGGGUGCUCGCCGGGCUAGCCGCGCACGAGGCGUGCGUGCCGCUGGUCCUGGAGAGCGAAGACCUCGGGUGCCUGUUGCAGGUAAUUCGCGAGGCGAUGACGCCGACGUCGGCUGCUGGACGGGAAGCGUCAGGAGGCAGCGGGCACCGGGUCAGGGCCGAGAUGAGGGAGGAAGUGGAGGACGCCCUGCGCUGUCUGCUGUCGCUGACGGCGCGCCCGCAGCAGCGGUCGUCGCUGAACCGUGCGCUCGGGCUCGUCGCGACCUCUCCCGCCCACCCGAGGCUGGACGCCCUGCUCAACCUCGCCUCGGUUGAGGGGGGUCCCGCACUACAGGGUCCUGCCGACUUCCCGUGGCAGGGCGGCAUUGGCCCGGCCGCGCGCGACUCCGUGGUGAAGGCCGCGCGCGCUCGCGCAUGCGACGCCCUGCGCCGCGCGUGCAGCGAGCUAUGGCCUUCUUCUUCCCCCGCCCCGGUGGCAGCACGAGACCCAGGAGUUCCAAGCGGCGGCGGCGGCAGCGGCGGUGACUCUGCGGAGGCGGGCCUCGGAGGCAAUGUCACCGCUGGCGGCGGUAAGCUCGACGUUGAAGCCGUUGCGGAGGUGUUCCCGCUGGUGUUUUCCUUAGCCCGGACUACUCUCGAGGGCGCGAGGUGUCUCCGCGCGAUGUUCGCCGCCAGGGGAGGCGUCGGAGAGGCGGCGCAGGCCGCGGUUCUACGAGGAGGCGUUGUCGGCGACGGAGGGGGUCCUGGGGCGGGCGGAAUCACGGCGAUCGUUGCGAUGCUGCACUCGAAACACGUGGAAAUUCGCGCGGCCGGUGCAUCGAUCCUCCGAAAGCUCGUCUUCGCCUCCGCCGCCCCCACCCACCACCCGGACGGCGGCGGCCAGGCGGCGGCGGCGGCGGCGGCGGCGGCGGCGAGUACCCGACCCUGCCGGGCUCUCCUGGAAAGCCUCCAUGCCUGCGGCGGUCGUUCCGAGGCCUUGCGGUCGCUGUGCUCCGUCGGGCUCUUCGGGGAACAAGACCAAGCGGCCGUUCCCAGUGGCACAAUAGCCGUCAUCGACAACGGCGGCGGCGGCGGCGGCGGCGAGAGAGCCGGAUCGCGAAAGGGGAAUGCCGGCUGCGGGAGGAGGAAGGGGGCCGCUCAGGAGGCCCGGUGGAGGGGACAGCUGCGGGACGAUGCCACCGCCGUGCUCGUGUCCUUGGUCGGAGCGGUAACUGGCGGGGCGGGGAACGGGAGCGGCGGCGCCCCUUCGUGGCGGCAGCUUCGUCGCCGUAGGAGCAGCGGCGCGGAAGCUGCCGACGGCUUGGUCGGGUUGAGCGGCGGUGGCGAGGAAGGGUUUGAUGCCCAGGAGAGCGAGGCGCUGUCCGGCGUUUGCGUUGAGGCGCUUCGAGCACUGGAGGAGGAGGAGGAGGAGGAGGAGGAGGAGGAGAUACAGCGCGUGGCCGUUGGUGUCGGCGGGAGCGUGACGACGGCUGGUGCUGUCUGUUGUCGAUGCCGCCAGGCGACGCGGCUGCUGGCGAGGCUUGUGCGAGGCCUUCCCGGGGAGACGCCGGCGGUCGUGGUGCGGCACAGCGGGCUGCGGAGCGUGGUCCAGAUCCUCGAGGACGGCGCGGCGGAAGCAAAAGCGGCGGCGGGGGGCACCGGCAGAAGGAUUCCGGCGGCGACGGAGGCGGCCGUUCGCGAGGCGCUGGAGCUCUUCGUCGCGCUAUCGGAGCAACAGCCGCACCGAGGGGCGCUGGUGGACCUCCCCGGGCUAGCGCGCUCCGCGAGCUCCUAUGUCGUGUCCGCCACCACCGCGAGCCCGGCCUCGUCGUCUCCGCGGGCCGGUGAGGACUCCUCGGCGGAGGAGUCAGCCUUCCGGCUGCUAGCGAACCUCGCCUUCGCCGACGCCCCGCGCCGCCGUGUGUUGGAGCUCGACGGCCUCGUGCUCGCGUCGGCGCGCGCGUUGUCCGCCUCCGCUCUGGCGCUGGCACCGCCUACACCGAAGGAAGUCCCUGCUGCUGCUGCUGCUGCUGCUGCUGCUGCGUCGGCGGCGGCCGUGGGUGCCGGCGAAGCGGCGGCGGCGCUCUUGUGCCGGCUGUCCCCCGUCCUCGGGGCGGAAGGGGGCGAGGAUGAGCUGGUUGCCGCCGGGGAGGCGCUUUCGGCCGCGGUCGCGGCGGCGGCCGAGGGUGACGUCACCGACGCCGCUACCGCCGUUGGUCUCGCGAGCGAAGCGCUCUACGCGCUGCUGGUCCUGUCGUGGGCGGACUCGCGCUCGCUCGAUGUCGCCGCCGCGGUGGACGGCUUCGUCACCGACUCGCGCUUCGCGGACAGCGUCGUCUCCCUCUGGCGGCGAGGAACGGCACCGUCCGCCUCCUCGGGCUUCGGGGCGCUGUCCGAGACCGCGCUGGUGACGAUGUCCAGCAUCGCCGCUCGCCCGACGGGCAGGCAGUCGCUGGUGGCGGCGGGGGUGGCGUCCGCUGUUGUCGACGUCGCCCUCGGGCAACAAGGCGGCGGGGACGCGGCCGGAGACGGCGAGGGAGGUUGUUCCCAGACGAUGAUGCUGGCGCCACAGCUAAGCGUGUCCGAACGCGGGGAAAUCAUCCGGCUGCUGUGCGUCCUGUGCGCCUCGCCGGCACACCGCGGCGCCGUCAGGUCGUCCUUGAUUGCGAAGCGGGGGCUCGAGUCGGGGGGCGACGACACGGAAGAGGCGGCCGUCGAGGCGGCGAUCGUGCGUAUCCAGGGCGGCAGGGCCGGCGGCGGCGAGGAGUGUCGCGCCGGUGCUCGCCGUCUCGCGCUCCUGCUGGGCGUGUCCCCGCCGUCCCGCCGGUCAUCGCAGCACCGGGGCGGGACAACCGCCGGCGCCGGCGCCUUCGCCGCCGAGUACCUUUCCUCUGGGGACCACCGAAGAGCCCCGUUCCGGUCUCCCCCGACAGGGGACGCAGUAGUAAAGCGGAGGUCGACGUCAACAACGACGCAGUCGCCUUCCCCUCCUCCCCCGCCGGCUUACGCUGGCGGCAGCAGAGCUGCGGCGGCAGGGCUCGAGGACGAUAUUGCGUCGUCCGUGGACCUGGAGGAGGCGCUGUUCCCGACGGUAGCGGCAACGGCGGUGGCGCACUUGGGGUCGCCCGGGGCGCGGGGGGUAUCCGCCACACCCGCGUUGUCCAGAGCAGCCGUCGCCGUCGCUCCCGUGGCCUCGGCUCGGGCUCCCGCGGCGGGGCGGAGAGAUCACGCGCGGUUGACGUUCCCGCCGGCGCCGAAGAAUGGCCGGUCCGACUCGGAGGAGAGCUUGCAUCGGCUGCUGUCGAUGAUCGCGAGCGAAGAUAAUAGCAGUGCAGCCGUGGCUGUGGCAACGGCGAAUGGUAGCUUGAGGGGUGCCGUGGUGGGGGCCGAAGAGAGGGACGAUAAGAUCGCGUGCGAGUCCUGCGGGGAGCUCGUGUUUGCGCCGACGGGCUUCGAUCUCGCCCUCAUCGAGUGCCCGCAUUGCCAGAUGCCGAUGGGGUGAUCAAGAACAAUGGUAGCAAACAAACCCACACCUCUUUUUUGUUUCUCUUUGUCGUCUAUGUGCGCGGUGGUUGGCUUGUUCGGAGUGUUGUUGGUUGUAAAUCGUUCCUCCCGGUGUGUGAGGUAUGCCCUAUGGACUGCUAACGUUAUGUUGAUUGUCGGGAGCGCAGGAGCGCAACGGGUCAAUCUCGAAACUGUUGUUUUUGGGAUGUUGUUGGUCACCACGCGGUUGGUGUCCUCGUGCGAGAUGUCCCCCCUCCUACCCUAGCGUGCAGUUCUAUCCCUGGCAUUGGUUCCCCGGGCUGUCCAGCGGCCUCGUGUGCCGUAACGCUGUAGUCUCCACGCCACCAAACGGGGGGGGCUGGUCGGGGAGCUCGACCACAUGUUUCAUGCAUCCGGCGGCUGGUGCGUGUUCGUAUUUUGUACCGCUGCAUACAUACCUGUACCGUAGCCAACACGCCUGUUUCCGACUUGACGAUCGGGUGCACGGCAGAUAGGCUCGAGGGUCAUGAACUUCGAGCGAGGUUCUUUGCUGGCCGCAAUGGUGAGAGUUUUUUGGGGGACGUCCUUCUUCGGAACAAUGCGGCCUCGAGGUAAAGUGUUCCGAAACAAGAACGCCAAGACUGAAAGCGUUGGUCUGAUUGUUUUGGGUUUUUGUCUCGUGUGUAUGUGUAUGUUCGUGCCAUCACCUUUUUCCUGGCGCCAGUGGCUUCAACUUUCGGCAUGUAUUUAAUGUAUCGGCCGGGUCAUCCAGCACACGUUUUGUUGUUUCUUUUGUCCAGCUUGUAUUGGGUGCGGUAGCUCGUCAGAGGCCGUCAGAGAAAGAAGGUUGACUCAAGGCCUUUGUUGCUAAGAGAGGGAGAAACAUGCGGCAGGCAACACGAUCGCCAUGUAACAUGUCCAGCAACACUAGCAUAGAUUUGGGUUAAGAGGCUGGUUGUGGUUUAAUGAACCAAUAUCUAGCUCGACCAGGACGCCUCAGAGCAUGACAAGCCGGGCCGUAUAACCAUCUGUGGAAAGACAUGUCCCCAGCAGUAUUUCAGAGCGUUUCGCUCCAACGUCC